AUGAGCAAACAGUGCUUCCUUCCUGCUUCUCACCUGUCAACCUCUCUCUUGUCUCUCCUCUCUUUUCCAACCCAGCCGGGGGCUGAUGUUCCGGGGGGAACUUUCCGCCGGCCCGGCAUGGAUCCCCGCAGCCUAGCCUCCCGGGAUCUGGCGCUCAGCCGCCCGUACGUCCCCCAGAGCACUUUAGAGACCGACUUCCCCACGCCGCUCUACAGUGACGAGUACCUGUCGCUGAGAGGCCCGAGGAAUCCCCCCGUCAUCAAGGAAGCCGUGCGCUGGAAAUGCUCCCCGAUGGGGUGGGACGGGAUGCCCCAGACCUGGUACACGGGGCUCACCAACACCCACAACCGCAACGCCUGGUACACCUUGACCGACAGCAUCGGCAGAGAGGCCUACCACCGCUGGCAAAAGUCUCACGCUGAACGGGAGAAGAGACUACUGCCUGCUUACGCCCAGCGCCUGCGAGAGAGCAGCUGGUAUGAUCCUAUCAUCCCCGCACAGUACUCGGAUCCUAACACACGAUGGGGCUCCUUUUUAUGGAAAGACCAGUUUAUACCUGGGAAAGAAUACGUGGUCAACCGCAACCGCGGCGCUGAGGACCUGAAGGGGAAACCCGGCUACGUCCCCCGCUUGUCCCUCCACACGCCUGCCUACACGGCCAAGGACUACCGGACCUGGCGCAUGUUCGAUCACCAGCCUUCGACCCGUAACUUGUAAAAAAAAGGAAACGAAAAACUGCUUUUUGCCGGGCAGGGAAGAGAGAAUCCGACAAGGUGGUGACUGGCAGGGAGGCUGAGCUUCGUCCGGGAUGCCUCGGGGCUCUCCCUGAUUCUGCCCGACACCAGCGUAGGACGCUGGCCGAGCGGCCGAUUUGGCUUAAGCGUGCCGUGGCGUGUGAGAGAGAGAGCACGCCGCCGUCUUCUCCUCCUCCUCCUUCCAAUGAAAUUGAGAGGUGGACCCUU